AUGCCCGCUGUCAAUCAUCCUCAGCUGGGCUUGUACGAGCCGCCCUCGGCUGCCCGUUCUUACCACCACUUCACCUUCUCUCAUUUAUGCACCGGGCUCGCCUUGAUUGUACUUCUGACAGUCUUCCGCCUGGUAGCAUGUCGUGCUCUCUCUUCUACGACCAGCAAGAAGGAAAGGGCCGCCCAGAGCCAUAAGCCGGUUCUUGGCGACAUUGACCAUCUCAUUAGACAUCCACGGCUUCACCAUCCCUUCGUUCAGCAAGACGGCUGGGUAAUGGAAGAAAAGAAACGUCGAGUCAGCAGUGACACUGAGGUUGGCGGGCUGCGAUCGGCCGGGGACCCAGAUCCGCAAUUGUAUUUCUCGUCUGAAAAUGAGAAAGAAGCGGGAGAGGGCAAGGGAAAGGGGAACAGCAGUGACCCGUCGUCGCGCGGCGUCAUGUUUGCACCGGGAAAGCCUUCAAACAUGGAUUCGGCUCGGUUCAUGCUGUCGAGGCCCCAGCCUCCGCCACCCCUGACGCCUCCGGAAAUGUCGCCGUCCGUUUUCACAUACGACGAGCGCAGGAGGAGCUUCACCAGCGGCGUAUCGGAACUAGACGCUUCCUUCUUUGAACAGCCAAACCCAGACUACAUGUCAUCCACCUUUACAGGAGCAUCGACAGCUACACAGAGCACGCAUACCACGCGCUUCUCCAUGACGCCUCGAAGGAGAUCCUACACCAAGACACUGUCUAUCGGGAUGCCAAUUCCUUCGACGAGUCCUAUCUUUGACGAUGCCGAGAUGACCUUUUCUCCAUCAUCAUACCCGCCCACGUCGUCUCUGCUGCCGGGGCCUCCUCCCAUAUACGGCGAGAUCCUUUACGACGAGGCCACAAAUCGAGAGAUCCUAGUUCAAGGCGAGAUCAUCUCUCUCCUUGAUGAUGCCGGGCAAGGGUGGAAACGCCACACUAGGGUGUAUGGCGGCGGCGUAUGCCUCGCCUGCGCAGCAUCCGGUGACGAUGGUCACCACGGCGGUUUUUAUGGAGAGAACGUUUUACCAGAGGAGAAGUGGUACUGA